CAGUCAGGCUCCGCCCCCAGACGCUCCCGGUGGCGGAGGACGGUGGCCGCGAGGGUCCGGUCGCGCUCUCCCAUGGCGGAGCGGGAGGAUGUCGCUGGUGCUGGGGCUGCUGUCGCACACGCUGAGCAGGGUGCUGGGGUACUCCGGGCUGCGUAGGGGCUGCCAUGCCCCCCGGAGCCGCGCCAUGGAGCAGGACAAGGCCCUCGAGGUGUACGAUAUAAUCCGUACUAUCCGGGACCCGGAGAAGCCGAAUACUUUAGAAGAACUGGAAGUGGUAACGGAAAACUGUGUUGAAGUGCAGGAGAUAGGAGAAGACGAGUAUCUGGUUAUCAUCAGGUUUACACCAACAGUACCUCAUUGCUCUUUGGCUACUCUCAUUGGCCUUUGUUUAAGAGUAAAACUUCAGAGAUGUUUGCCUUUUAGACAUAAGCUGGAAAUCUACAUAACUGAAGGUACACAUUCCACUGAAGAAGACAUCAACAAGCAAAUCAAUGACAAGGAGAGAGUAGCAGCUGCGAUGGAGAACCCGAACCUGCGUGAGAUCGUGGAGCAGUGUGUCACAGAGCCUGACUAGCAGCUGGGGCAGCCACACUUACCAUUUUGAUACAUUUCUUAAAGUACCUUUGUUAAAGAGAAAAUAAUAAUAAUCAAGGCCUUGAGUUUAAUACUUGAGUUCUUUUUAUCUUCCACGUUUUUUUAAAAGGAAUUGUUUAUAAGAUAGAUUUAAAUUAUGAUUCAUUAGCCUUUGGAAUAGUGAAGUGUAUAGUGUUCAGAGCUGUGAUUUCUGGUGUCCAGAGGAGUAUUUUGUGUUAAAGCACCACACAGGCAUUGCCUUCUGACAGACGUUGUGUUAUAAAUGCAGUUUUGAGAGGGGAAUUUCUACGUUGUUUCAAUCACUGCGUUGUAAAAAUAAAGGAGAUUCUUGUACUGAGA